AUGGAGUUGGAGGAGGGGCCCCGGCAAACACACCCAGCGGCGCAGCUCCCCGCCGCCCACCAAAUGCACACACACUCACACACAGUGAGAAGAAAGCGGACUCCGCCCCCGCCUGGCUGCUCGGCGGUGCCGAUCUUGAUGUUUGCCUCAUUGCCUAUCUUGCAGUGGCCACGGCUUUGUGCCUUUUUUUCCCCCCUGCUCUGUCUUACUUUCUGUCCCACGCAGCUACAAAGAAGCGAGGAGCCCCCACCGUCCCUCGCUGCGGAGAGCAACAGAGCGAAGGCGGCGAGGGUGCGGGGGACGUCACUUCGGAUGCCCUCGCAGCGCGCCGUGAGGUCCGCGCAGGCGUUUUUAGGCAAUGCGCCGCUGACGUCGGCGCGGGAGGAUCUUGGCCUGGAGGAUGUGCCGCACAACGACGAGGGGCUGCGGCGCCUGGCCGCCGAUGCAAACUGGAGCGCCGUGCUGCUGUUGGCGGAGCAGUUGGCCGCCGAGACGCCCCACGAGGUCUCCGCCAAACUGCGAUACACCCUUGUGCAGGUGACGGCGCAUUUUAGCAUGCAGCGCUACGCGGCCGCGAAGAAGUUGGUGGACGCGCUGGGCGACCUCAACAGCGACCGAUUCAUCGACCCGGCGACAAACGAGUCGGUGGUGCCCUUUUCCCUUCGCUUCAUUAGCGCCCUCUUGCCUAGCUACUGCGGCACCGCCAUGGAGACGCAGCGGCGGCUGUACGUUUUGCUGGACGAGUGCCAAAGCCACGCAGGCGUGGCGGCGUCCCCAGCCUGGGAGGCCCGCCUCAAGCGGGUUCAGCGGGCGCUCGUGGUGAGCCACUACCAGGCAGAGCAGUACGCUGAGGCGAUACGGCUCUCUGAGGCGAUGAUAUCGGCGGAGCGCUACGACGAUGAGGAGCGCGCCGACUUCAGGGUCCUGCAGCAGAUGUUGCAACUGCAGCAGCUUGCGACGUUGUGUCUGCACUGCGGCAACACGUUGCUAGCCGAGGAUGUCUUUCGGGCAAUUGAGGGCCUCAGCACCGCCGACGAGACGGACGACGUCCAGCAGUUCCAUCGCUUUCUGCUCAUGCUCAACCGUGCACUCUGGCUGACGUUUAACAACAAGGCGGAUGAGGCGGCGCACAUCUUUCGCGAGGUGGCACGCGGCACAAGUGAGUUUUGCCGCGACCUGGGCACGGCGGGGACCUGCCCCGCCGCUGUUCCCACGGUUUCCUUAUCCACCAGCGCCACGGCCGGCCUCGCAGCUGCCAGGGCGCAGUCGGCUCUCUGCCAAAAGGCUUUUCACCGACUCUGGGUGGACGCGGCGACUUCGCACGUGGCCUGCAUCCCUUACGAGGCCACGCGCAACAAGAGCCCGACCACCCUGAUGGCGGGCAUUAUUGGCACCCUGGAGGGCUACUUGCGGCAGAACCCUGUGGAGCUGCUGCACUGCGACGCGUUCCUCAGCAACAGUGUGCGCUUCUACACCCUGGAGGGGGGCGCACAGCAGAAGAAAAUGGGACUACUGACGGACAUGCUUGAGGUAUUUCGCUAUGAACGAGGGUGUCUGCCGCCGCUGGACAAGAUGGUGUAA